CGUUUGCAAACAAUUAUUUAAUCAAUAAGUUAACUCUUUAAACUAUUUUAGCAGAACUCGUUAACUUGGGUUUACACCACAAGACAUCUAGAGAGUGGAUUAAAAUAUUAAAUACUGAAUAAACGAUUUGUUUUAGUAAAUUUAUAAAGAAAAUAAUAUAAUAUAGGUGGAACACAUAUACACGUGAUUUACUAUUACAAAAAUCUACUACGUGAGUUUAAAAGGAAUACCGAAGUGCUCAGUGCUGAAUAUACACAAACGUUCAUAUACUUCUGAAUUUGUUCAAACUGACAACGUAAAACAUAUACGUACAUAUUUACUGGAGAAAAGUGAAUACUGAAAUUCAUCAACAUUACCAAAGCGAAUAUGGUUUGGGUGGCACUCUCGGACUUUAAGUGCCCAUCAAGGGAUUGCAACUCAAGAGGCAACUGGGUCUGCAAUAAGGACGGGAAGGCCAUGUACAUAAAUGAGGAGGGAACAAUGGAAUGUAACCCUGGAACACAUACAGGAAAGAUUGUAGAGUGGGGAUGGAAAUGCAAACAGGACUGUCACCAGGGGGAGUAUUUCAAAGCUGAUUUUGAAGGGUUUUGCUUCUCGUUGUCCAUGGCAAUACAGUUUGCUGGAAAACAUGGAAGUGAGUGGGCUGCUUCAUUGAUACGGGCACUUGGAGAGCAAUACGAUAGAUAGAAAACAGAAAGAACAUAAAAAAACAAUGAUGCAAAAAUAAAUUUAUUUGUUUAACCUGUAAUUAUGUAUAAUAGUAUUUAUUUUUAAAUCGUGCAUACGCUACGAUGAAUAAAUAUAAAAAUGA